UCCAUAAGUUAUUAUAUUUUUCAGCAUGGAUUUUAUUUUUAUUUUUAUAAUUUUCUCAAGUUACUGUAAUAUCCAUGGAAUUCGAAUAGGAUGAAAAUAUAUAACGAAUGAUUUUCUGAUUGACUAAAAUCAAAUCUCGGUUUAAGUUGGAAACAGAUACCUUGUACUGCUGGUAUUUGAGUCGCAGUACAAAUAUACCACAAACGAACAAACAAAGCCAACCAGAAACAAAGAGCUAUGGAGAAGAUUGAUCUGAAGAAGAUGGAUGAGCAGCUUUCAAGACUUUAUAACCGAACGCCAUGGAAACUACAGAAAAGCACAGAGAUUUCGGAGGAGUUUAGACAGAAAGGGAAACUCGAAGAAGAGUGGGAAAUUGAUCCCAGUAAACUUAUCAUAGAAGAAGUCAUUGGUCGAGGCGCCUAUGCUUGUGUCCACAGAGGCCAUUACAAUGGCCAAGAAGUUGCAGUUAAAAUUAUUGACUGGGGAGAGGAGGUUCCAAGGACGAAAGACAAAAUAGAAUCACUAAGGGUGGCUUUCAAACAGGAGGUUUCUCUUUGGCAUAAUCUUAAUCAUCCUAACAUUACAAAGUUCAUAGGUGCUACGAUGGGCGCAUCAAAGCUUCAUACUCGGAUUGAUGAUGAAAUUAGAAUUCCAUGUAAUAACUUGUAUUGUGUUUCUGAGUAUCUUCCUGGAGGUACUUUGAGGUCUUACUUGAUAAAGAACCGGAGAAAGAAAUUGCCUUUCAAGAUUUUCAAACAAUUGGGUCUAGAUCUUGCAAGAGGCUUGAGUUACCUUCAUUCCAAGAAGAUUGUCCACAGAGAUAUAAAGACAGAAAAUUUGCUUCUUGACAAGAAUCAUACACUCAAAAUAACUGACUUUGGAGUGUCUCGAUUUCAAGCUGUAAAUCCUAAUGACAUGACAGGCAAUACUGGAACUAUUGGGUAUAUGGCUCCAGAGGUUCUAAAUAGUGAACCAUACGACAGGAAAUGUGAUGUGUACAGUUUUGGAAUUUGCUUGUGGGAGAUUUAUUGUUGUCACAGGCCUUAUUAUAAUUUCAACUUCCAAUUGACAACAGCUGUGGUGGAUCAGAAUUUGAGGCCAGAAAUACCCAAAAGUUGCCCGGAAGCUCUAGCACAAGUGAUGCGGCGAUGCUGGGACGCAGACCCCAACAAAAGACCAGAGAUGGAAGAAGUGGUUGCCAUGCUUGAAGCCAUUGACGUCCACACUCAUCAUAAGCAUGGCUGCUUCUGCUUUCGGAGCCAGUAAAACCAACCGAGCUUGUAUAUUGGUUGUGCAAAUAUGCUUAUGUUUUAGUUUUGUGCGUGUAGACAUGCUUAUGUUGGUGCACAAUUCUUUUUGUUUUAGUUGUGCAAUUCUUUUUGUUCA